CGACGUCUUGGAGCCGGGAGCCUAGAGGAAUAGGGCUGGGCCCCGGGCUGGGCUCUGGACGCCUCGGGCGGAGGAGUAGGAUACCCCUGCGCCAGGCCGACGGCGCAGGUGCGGAGAGCGCCGGCGUGGCGGCGGGCGGGUAACGUCACGUGGCGAGGCGGCGCGUGCGCAGGUGUCAAGGGCGGGGCCCGGAGUUAGAUGCGGCCGCCGCUCUGAGGGAACCGCUCUUCUCUGCAGAGCUCAGACGUCUCUGCAGUAUCUGCUGGUCGCCGCCGCGCUUUGCUUGUGCAUUUGGAGGUACUUCUUACUCGAAGCCUAGUCGUUGCUGAUUCCUAGGGAUUGAAGGAGACAUCUGCAUUUUUGUCUCAACGAAACUUGAAAACAAUGGCAGAAAACAACAUAGAGUGCAAUAUUGUGGUUGACGGUAAUGUUGAAGAAGUCCCCAACAAGAAGAUAAUUAAGUUUAAUCCUCCAUUAUACAAACAGCGUUACCAAUUCGUUAAAAAUUUAGUGGAGCAACAUCAACCCAAGAAGGUUGCAGACUUGGGGUGUGGUGAUGUUUGCCUCCUAGUGAUAUUAAAAUACCAAAAGUGCAUUGAAGAGCUUGUUGGAGUGGAUAUCAAUGAAGGGAGACUUAAAUGGAAUGGGUCUAGGCUGUCCCCAUGCAUGGGGGAUCAUCUGGAUCCUCGAGAGCUGGACUUAGUUAUUACCUUGUAUCACGGCUCUGUUUUGGAGAAAGACUGUCGUUUGCUUGGAUUUGAUUUGGUAGCAUGUAUUGAAUUAAUAGAACAUUUUGAUUCAGAAGAUCUGGCGAAGUUUCCUGAAGUCGUAUUUGGGUACAUGUCUCCAGCCAUGAUUGUCAUCAGCACACCGAACUCUGAUUUCAAUUCCCUGUUUCCAUCUACAGUCUUCAGAGAUUCAGAUCACAAAUUUGAGUGGAGUAGAAUGCAGUUUCAGACCUGGGCUUUAGACAUGGCCAAUCGCUACAGUUACUCUGUGGAGUUUACUGGUGUGGGAGAACCACCAGCAGGAGCUGAGGAUGUUGGAUGUUGUACCCAGAUAGGGGUCUUCCGGAAAAAAGCAAAGGCAACUGAAUCUGCUGUUUUGGAGCACCAUGGCGAACAUGUUUAUGAAGUUAUUUAUACGACCUCAUACCCGAGUUUACAGCAAAUGAAUUACUGUAGACGUGUAGUGACUUAUCUAGUGUACCGAGAGGUGCACAGAAUGAAACGGAGAUGUCAAGUGAGUCUGAGACAGCAUGAGUUGGAACCUGAGUCUGCAGACCCUGGCAACCCAACAAGAAAAUUCAUCUCAGACCUUCCAGUUCCAGUACUCACAGAGGCAGACAAAGCCAUGGAGAUGACUCCCCAACCCUUCUGUAUUGGAGAUAAGUUUUAUGUACCCCUGGAGAGAAUCAUUGCUUGUCCCAGGCUGCGGCACAUAUGUGGUAAUGUAGAGAAGCUGAGAGAGUUCCUUGCUGAUGUAGUAGAACUGAACUGCGAUGGUUCUGCAGUGAAGGUUGACUUGCAUGAUUGUGGUGACUACUGAGCCUUCUUUAUUUCCUGACAUUCAGGGUCUUAGCAAUAAUGGGGCUCAUUUAGAAUUAAACUUUGUGCAGCCAUAAUUCAGGUAACUUUUAAAUUAAAAAUCACCUAACUUUUGUUUUCUUGUGUGUUGAAUGUGACA